CAACUAUCAGGGUUUCAACUUCUAGUAGUUCAUUGAAGGGGCGGAAGUAGGUUGUGUGUGCUUUCUGAUAACUGAAGGGGUAGAUGUAUUAAGAGUUAUGAGAUUUGCUGUUGUGCAUAGUGUUAACGGUUGGGUUCUAUGCAAUAUAGGGAUUCGAGUAAUUCUGUUUUAUUUGAGAGGGUAAGAUGCCAUCUUCUUAUUUUUCGAAGCUGAACCUUGAGCUGCGGUCUGGUUUCCGGAGACUGAUCACGGGGAAACAAGUUGGACUCGCGAGUUCCGUGGAAGUUCUUCUUGAGCAAGGAAAAUUGUUGUUCACAAAUUCUGGGUUGUCUCUUUUGAGACCAAUUUCAACCAUUGCUGAAGGGCAUUUAUUCUUGAGACCUGGUGUAAUUAGUGCUGUGCGUUCAGAUCCUAAAAUCGUUGACCAACGUAGGAACUUAUCAGUUGUUGGAGCUCUUUCACGAACAUUUUCUAUUCCUUCUGUGUCUGGACCAUCUUGUCAGGUUUGUGAGUACCAUAUCAAUCGCCUGUUAUCGGACUCCAGCCCAGUUUCGCUAGGCAGUCCAAUUAAGCGGACAAUCAUGGCUGCUUGUGGCUCUGGAUCUUUAUUGGGUUACCACCGUCUGGAUAACCUAACAUCAAGGGAUGACCGUCUCUCAAACUCCAUUAAAAGAGCUGGUAUUUCUUACGGCAAUGGAAAUUUUGACAGUUGCAUAAAAGUUACCAUGAGUUUGAGAAGCCAAGAACCAUCCCACAGUUGUAUGAUAUAUGGAUAUUUCAUUUUUGAUGUGGCAAGGAGGAGUUGCGGCUUCAAUUCAUUAGUGGGUCUAGGGUCAAAAAAAUUUUACAGUUCAUCUUCUUCGUAUUACUCUACCAGGGCUGCUUCUGAGGUAUCGUUUGAUGGCUCAGCUCGUGAAGAACAGCAGCCAAACUCUGCAGUUUCAUCUGAUCAGAAAAUUCUAGGUGACAGAACCUUAAAGCUGCUUUCAGGAUCAUGUUAUCUACCACAUCCUGAUAAAGAAGAAACUGGUGGGGAGGAUGCUCAUUUUAUUUGUGUGGAUGAGCAAGCCAUAGGUGUAGCAGAUGGUGUUGGUGGGUGGGCAGAUCUUGGUGUUGAUGCAGGGCAAUAUGCGAGGGAACUCAUGUCUCAUUCAGUUACUGCAAUCCAGGAAGAGCCAAAAGGCUCCAUUGACCCUGCAAGGGUUCUGGAGAAAGCUCACUUGAGCACAAAAGCCAAAGGAUCAUCAACUGCGUGUAUCAUUGCACUCACAGAGCAGGGUCUACAUGCCAUUAACCUGGGUGAUAGUGGCUUUAUAGUAGUAAGAGAUGGAUGUACUGUCUUCCGUUCUCCUGUACAGCAGCAUGGAUUCAAUUUCACGUACCAACUAGAGUGCGGAAAUGAUGGUGAUUUACCUAGCUCUGGUCAGGUGUUCACAAUCCCUGUUGCUCCGGGAGAUGUAGUCAUAGCAGGCACCGAUGGACUGUUCGACAACUUGUACAACAAUGAAGUGACUGCGGUGGUGGUCCAUGCCAUGAGGGCUGGAUUGGAGCCUCAGGUGACGGCUCAGAAAAUAGCAGCCUUGGCACGUCAGCGAGCGCAGGAUAAAGACAGGCAGACACCAUUCUCCACCGCAGCACAAGACGCUGGCUUUCGCUACUACGGUGGUAAGCUUGAUGACAUUACUGUUGUCGUUUCCUUCAUUAGCAGCUCCUCUUCUACAUCUACUGCUGAUACAUGAAAGAUUAGAGUCGUCAACCUCUCCCUUCCAGUCUUCCCCUCACCGCCACUUUUCUUGCUCUUUGUUGGUAGAC